AUGUGGACAAAAAGGUCAUUUACAGAAAUAUUGUCCACAUCAUUUAAACGAACAAUAGGAACAGUAGAUGAUGGUGCUGUUCCUAAUAACAAGAAAAAUCCAUCUACACCUCUUAUUGUUAGUUUACAUGUUAAUCAUAUAUUAAUUAAUGCUAUGGUUGAUACCGGUUCAGCAAACUCCAUCAUCCACAUUAAAACUUUACGUAAAUUAAUUCAUCAACCACAUAUUGUAUAUCAAAAGAAUAUACAUCGAACAGCAAAUAAUAGCGAAUUAAAUACAAUUGGUUUAGUAAAAUUAAAAAUUCAUAUUAAAAAUAUUCCAACAUUUGUGUUAGCUGAGGUAGCUGUAGAUUUAUGUACUGGUUUAAUUUUAGGUAAUGAUUGGAUUACACAAAAUUGUAUUGAUAUUAUCACAAGUGAAAAAUGUAUUAGAAAACAUUAUGGAAAAUAUACAAUUAUUGCUCCAUUUUCAAAUUAUGAUCAAGAGAAAUAUUUUGUUUUACCUAUUCAUCCAGUUCACAUUUUACCUGAACAAGAAAUGAUAAUACCUGUACGUGCUAAAAUAAAAAAUGCUGAUACUGUUGUAUUUACACCUGCAGAAGAUUUUAUAAAAAAGAAAAGAAUAUUAACACCACAUACCUCAUUAAAAAUUGAAAAUGGAAUUACGUGGAUUACUGUGAUGAAUGCAAAUAAAAUACCUCAAUAUUUAAACAGAAAAAUGAUACUUGGUACAGUUAGUUUUCCAACACCAAGUUCAAUAUCUUUACCAUUAUUACCAACAAAACAAGUUGAAACAGUUAAACCACUAGAAUUAAAAUGUCGUAUUUGUUAUGAAGAAUUUUUAUCGAAGAAGGAAUUAUUUAAUCAUUUAUAUGAAGCUGGUCAUUAUUCUAGUAUCGAUAUAAAUGGUUCAACACAAUAA